AUGGAUUCAGCAACGACAAAAGAUCAAGAACCCAUAUCUGAGAGAGGGAUUUUGCCGCUGACUGAGCGCAACUCGAACGUCUCGAUAAACUUACGCAUCUUACUUUCCGCAAAAGAAGCAGGAUGCCUAAUUGGCCAAAACGGCACAGUUAUUGACGGCAUAAGAGAAGAUACUGUAACCAAAGCCGGUAUCAGCAAACUUAAUCCGGGCUCACUAGAAAGAAUUCUCACUAUCAGUGGCCUUCUUGAUAACGUAGCGGAUGCACUCACUCGUUUCUGUAGAUUGUUAGUUGAGUCACCUGCAAACAAUCAAUUUGUCCAUGCAUACUUUCCACUCAAAAGACUUCUGCAAGCUUCGAUUAGUGUUGGAGACACUGCACUUUUGCGAUUGAUUAUUCCAAAUGCACAGAUUGGUACCCUUAUUGGUUCGAAAGGCGCUCGAAUCAAAAAAAUUCAAAGCGACCACCAAGUUCUGAUGAUCGCCUCAAACUCAUUUCUUCCUGGUUCUAACGAAAGAACAGUUGAAAUUCAAGGCUCAAUUCACAAUUUCUAUGAUGCUUUGCAAACGAUUUUGCGGUGUUUGUUGGAGGACGUGUCCUCCGUGGGCACCAUUUACUAUGUUCCGCAGGAAUCUUCGAUAUUAUCUGAAUCAGAGGGAAAGGGAAUUUGCACUACAACAAUAUCAGCAUCAAAUCAUAUAGUCGGUGCUUUGAUUGGAAAAAAUGGAGCGAGGAUUUCGGGUGUCCGGAAGGUAAGUGGUGCCUCAAUCGCAGUUUCCGAGAACACCAGCGAAGACGAGCGAAUCUUUACAAUCAAAGGAGACUCUCGCGCUGUUGAGAAGGCACAGUCUUUGUUACUACAAAACGUCGAGAGGGAGUUGUUGAAGCGAAACAUGCUCCCAAACGACGAUGAAUAA